AUGACACCCUCUAUAGCCAUUAAAUUGUAUGGUCACCAACUGUCCCCCUAUGAGCAAGCAGAGAUCCAAGGUUAUCCUGAGAUCUACUUUGUAGGGCGCUCUUCUAUCGAAAAAUAUCAAGCGAUGCCAGAUAGCUAUCAUCAUCAGCAGAAUAGCAAACAAAAUUAUGGUUAUGACGAUGAAAGAGGAGACUAUAAAAUCCUUUUACACGAUCAUUUAGCUUACCGGUAUGAGGUUUUGGAAGAAUUAGGCCGAGGUUCAUUUGGGCAGGUCGUCAAGUGUUUUGAUCAUAAACUAGGCAUUACGGUGGCUAUAAAGCUGAUACGGAAUAAAAAGAGAUUCUAUGCUCAAGCAAAAACAGAAGUGAGAAUUUUGAGUGAUUUAACCAGAUGGGACCCUGAGGAUAGACAUCACAAUGUGAAAAUGACGGAAUAUUUCAACUUCAGAAAUCAUCUGUGUAUUGCCUGUGAAUGUCUAAGCAUGAAUUUGUAUGAAUUCAUCAAAAUUAACAAUUUCCAAGGAUUUCAAACGAAGCUGAUUAAACGUUUCACGAUACAAAUACUACGGUCUUUAUCUCUACUUAAAAAACACGGCGUUAUCCAUUGUGAUCUGAAGCCAGAAAACAUUCUAUUGAAGCAUCCUACCAAAUCGACAAUUAAGGUCAUUGAUUUUGGUAGCAGCUGCUUGACCCAUCAGCGCGUAUAUACCUACAUUCAAAGCCGAUUCUAUCGCUCUCCCGAGAUUAUUUUAGGAUUAGAUUACGGUACAUCCAUUGAUAUGUGGAGUUUAGGCUGUAUCAUUGCGGAAUUGUAUACAGGCGUGCCACUCUUCCCAGGCGAAAAUGAACAGGAGCAACUUGCAUGUAUCAUGGAAGUGCUGGGCGUGCCAGACUCCAAAUAUAUCAAUAUGAGUGAACGUAGAAGUCUAUUCUUCGACCGUCAUGGUGAACCUCGCGCCUUUUACAAUUCGAGAGGCAAAAAGCGAAAAGCUGGCUCAAAAUCGCUUCCCCAAGUGUUACGAUGUAAUGAUCCGUUGUUUUUGGACUUUAUUCAGCAGUGCCUCGUGUGGGAUCCCCUGAAGAGACUCACACCAGACAAAGCAUUUCAACAUGCAUGGAUCGUGCAGCAACAACAACAAUUACCGCUACCGUCCUCCUCCACUAAUAGAUAUUCACCGUCACACCAAGCAGAAGUGCAUGCUGGCAGUGAGCCUACAUCUAAUGUUGUAACUGAAAAAUCAUCCAUUACAACUUAA